ACAAUGGUGGAGAGGAAACGAGAAGGUGGAUAAACUGGUUCGUAUUGUAACUGAUAACACGAGUAUAGGAACGAGGUAGGAAGAUCUCAGGCCGGUCUGUCGUUGUGCAGAACUCGACAGCGCCGGACUGUUUCCAGCCGGCUAAACUAUAAAACACGUGGCCCGUGUGCACCUUUAAAUCAAAAAUGGCACAAGACGAUUUAAGUUGCGAAGUAGGUGGGCCUUGCAGCCUGGUGCUCAGCGAUGGAUCCGUCUUCCACGGCAGGAGCUUCGGCGCGCCGCUGCCCGCGGAGGGUGAAGUUGUAUUUCAGACCGGCAUGGUGGGCUACCCCGAGUCGCUGACCGACCCGUCGUAUCACGCGCAGUUGCUGGUGUUGACCUACCCUCUGGUGGGCAACUACGGGGUCCCCGAGGAAGCUGAGUGCGAUGAACACGGUUUGCCAAGGUGGUUCGAGUCAAGCCGCAUUUGGGCUGCUGGCCUGAUUGUCGGUUCAAUAAGUAAACACGCAAGUCACUGGCGCGCCAAGAAGUCAUUAGGUUCCUGGUUAGCUUCGCACAAAGUCCCUGGACUCUGUGACGUUGACACCAGGGCACUGACUUGCCGGCUGCGAGAGGGCGUGACAUUGGGCAGAAUUAUACAAGGGCCGGUCCCGUCUGCCCUGCCGCCGCUUUCUGAUCCCAAUACGAGGAAUUUGGUGGCAGAAGUAUCCGUCAAGGCUGAAAAAAUAUACAAUCCUAAUGGCGACGUGUCGAUUAUGGCUGUAGACUGUGGUCUGAAAUACAAUCAAAUAAGAUGUUUGAUAAAAAGGAACGCCAAAGUAACCGUAGUGCCAUGGAACCAUAAGCUCGAUCCACAAAAUUAUGAUGGAUUAUUUAUAAGCAACGGCCCAGGCGAUCCAGAUGUUUGCAAAAGUGUUGUUGAAAAUAUUCGCAAUGUUGUCAAAUCCAACAACGUAAAACCGAUUUUUGGAAUUUGUCUCGGCCAUCAACUACUUUCAACUGCUGUUGGAUGUAAAACAUUCAAAAUGAGCUAUGGAAACCGUGGACACAAUUUACCCUGUACACACAGCGACACACGUAGAUGUUUUAUGACAUCACAGAAUCACGGUUUUGCUGUAGAUAGCAGUACUUUACCUCAAGAUUGGAAAAUCCUAUUCACCAACGAGAAUGAUAAAACUAAUGAAGGCAUCAUACAUGAAUCCAAACCUUUCUUCAGUGUACAAUUCCACCCAGAACACACUGCAGGACCCACCGACCUGGAAUGUCUAUUUGACAUAUUUAUUGACUCAGUAAAAGCCUUUAAAUCAAAGCAACCGUGUGUUGUAAAUAAUAUGAUUACUGAUAAAUUAAAAUUUACUCCUACUAUAAAUGAAAGACCAAAAAAAGUUCUCAUUCUGGGUUCUGGGGGUUUGUCUAUCGGUCAAGCCGGAGAAUUCGAUUACUCGGGUUCUCAAGGCGUAAAAGCUAUGCAAGAAGAAAAGAUUCAAACGGUGCUGAUCAAUCCCAAUAUCGCAACAGUGCAAACAUCUAAAGGAUUGGCUGACAAAGUUUACUUUUUACCUAUCACUCCCGAAUACGUAGAACAGGUUAUCAAAGCAGAACGUCCCACGGGCGUUUUGCUUACCUUUGGAGGACAGACCGCACUGAACUGUGGCGUACAGCUCCAAAAAUCCAAAGUUUUUGAGAAGUAUAACGUAAAAGUUUUGGGAACUCCCAUACAAUCCAUAAUAGACACAGAAGACAGAAAGAUUUUUGCUGAAAAAAUCAAUGCGAUUGGUGAGAAGGUGGCUCCGAGUGCGGCCGUAUUUUCUGUGGAGGAAGCAGUGUCGGCGGCUCUUCAAAUAGGAUACCCAGUGAUGGCGCGCGCUGCAUUUUCAUUAGGUGGCUUGGGAUCAGGAUUUGCAAACAACGAGGAAGAGCUUAGAGCCCUAGCACAUCAAGCUUUCUCACAUUCUGAUCAACUAAUAAUAGACAAGUCACUCAAGGGAUGGAAAGAAGUCGAAUAUGAGGUGGUUCGUGAUGCUUACGAUAAUUGCAUCACAGUGUGCAAUAUGGAGAACGUGGAUCCUUUAGGAAUACACACGGGGGAGUCCAUAGUUGUUGCGCCGAGUCAAACUCUCUCGAAUCGGGAAUAUUAUAUGCUAAGGAAUACUGCUUUGAAAGUAAUUAGACAUUUCGGCAUUGUUGGAGAGUGCAACAUACAAUAUGCUCUUAACCCUCUUUCUGAGGAAUUCUACAUAAUAGAAGUCAAUGCUAGGCUAUCGAGAAGUUCUGCUUUGGCGAGUAAAGCUACGGGUUAUCCAUUGGCAUACGUAGCAGCGAAAUUGGCCCUCAGCAUCCCUCUACCAGAAAUAAAGAACUCGGUGACAAGAGUAACCACAGCUUGCUUCGAACCAAGUUUAGAUUACUGUGUUGUUAAAAUACCGAGAUGGGACUUGGCAAAGUUUACAAGAGUCAGCACCAAAAUUGGUAGCUCCAUGAAAAGUGUUGGAGAGGUCAUGUCUAUUGGAAGAAACUUUGAAGAAGCGUUUCAAAAAGCGUUACGGAUGGUUGAUGAAAAUGUUAACGGAUUUGACCCCAACAUAAAAGAAGUGAAUGAAAAUGAACUGAGGGAGCCCACAGAUAAACGAAUGUUUGUUUUAGCAGCUGCUCUUAAAAAUAAUUACACUGUAGAAAAACUGUAUCAACUGACACAAAUCGAUAGAUGGUUUUUAGAAAAGUUUAAAAAUAUUAUUAGCUUUUAUAAUACCCUCGAGCGUGUCGACCAUAGCUCUAUAACACCAGAUAUACUGAAAAGUGCUAAGCAAAUCGGAUUUUCUGAUAAACAAAUUGCUAAUGCUAUUAAAAGUACAGAAUUAGCUGUUAGAAAACUAAGGGAAGAGUUUAAAAUAACACCGUGUGUUAAAAAAAUUGAUACAGUCGCUGCUGAGUGGCCUGCAUCGACAAAUUACUUGUACCUUACGUACAAUGGGACCCAGCACGAUUUAGAGUUCCCAGGAGGGUUUACUAUGGUGUUGGGAUCAGGUGUGUACAGAAUUGGAAGUUCUGUUGAAUUCGAUUGGUGCGCAGUGGGCUGCCUUAGAGAACUGCGAAAUCAGGGCAAAAAGACUAUUAUGGUUAAUUAUAAUCCUGAAACCGUUAGUACUGACUAUGACAUGAGUGACCGAUUAUUUUUCGAAGAAAUAUCAUUUGAGGUUGUUAUGGAUAUAUACAACAUAGAGCACCCUGAUGGCAUUGUACUGUCAAUGGGAGGACAACUUCCAAAUAACAUUGCUAUGGAUUUACAUCGACAACUAGCAAAAAUAUUAGGCACCUCACCCGACAUGAUAGACAACGCUGAAAACAGAUUUAAAUUUUCUCGCAUGCUAGAUCGCAAAAACAUAUUGCAACCGCGGUGGAAAGAACUCACAGACUUAGAAUCUGCUAUAGCUUUUUGUGAUGAAGUUGGCUACCCUUGUUUAGUCAGACCUUCUUAUGUGCUCAGUGGAGCUGCUAUGAAUGUAGCAUAUUCUAAUCAAGAUUUGGAAGCUUAUCUCAAAUCCGCAAGCAAAGUGAGCAAGGAUCAUCCUGUAGUUAUUUCGAAAUUUAUUAUGGACGCAAAGGAGAUUGAUGUUGAUGCUGUCGCAGCUGAUGGUGUUAUUGUAUGUAUGGCUGUAUCCGAACAUGUAGAAAAUGCUGGAGUUCAUUCUGGUGAUGCCACAUUAGUAACCCCACCACAAGACAUUAACAACGAAACGUUAGACAAAAUCAAAGAGAUCGCGGGCAUUGUUGCAGAAACGCUUGAUGUUAGCGGUCCUUUUAAUAUGCAAUUGAUAGCCAAAGAUAAUGAGCUCAAAGUUAUCGAAUGCAAUGUGAGAGUUUCUAGGUCGUUCCCGUUUGUAUCUAAAACUUUAGACCAUGAUUUUGUGGCGACGGCAACUAAAGUUAUUCUUGGACAGCCAGUAGAACCUCUUGACGUCAUGGGUGGUGUUGGAAAAGUGGGUGUAAAAGUGCCACAGUUUUCUUUCUCUCGAUUGGCUGGAGCAGAUGUUACACUGGGAGUAGAGAUGGCAUCUACGGGUGAAGUAGCUUGCUUCGGUGAAAACCGCUAUGAAGCUUAUCUGAAAUCCCUUAUGAGCACAGGUUUCAGAAUACCUAAAAAAGCGAUAUUGCUAUCAGUGGGGACAUUCAAGCACAAGAUGGAGUUAUUACCUAGCGUACGCACCUUACACAGAAUGGGAUACAAACUAUAUGCCAGUAUGGGUACCGGUGACUUUUACACGGAGCACGGAGUAGAGGUUGAAAGUGUGCAGUGGACUUUUGAUCACAUUGGCGACCCAGAAGACGAUCGCUCAGACGGCGAACUGAUGCACUUAGCAGAUUUUAUGGCGAGGCGUCAACUCGACCUUGUGAUUAACUUACCUAUGAGAGGAGGCUGUCGUCGGGUGUCAUCCUUUACCACACAUGGAUAUCGUACGCGCCGUUUAGCGGUCGAUUAUGCCGUGCCAUUGGUAACGGAUGUUAAAUGUGCAAAACUUUUAGUACAGGCGAUGAUGAAGUGUGGUGGCAUACCACUAAUGAAAACUCACACUGACUGCAUGACUUCACGCAACAUUAUAAAGUUACCUGGUUUCAUUGAUGUGCAUGUCCAUGCCCGUGAGCCUGGAGCAACGUAUAAAGAAGACUUCGCUUCCUGCACGGCUGCUGCCCUUGCUGGUGGAGUCACAAUGAUCUGUGCUAUGCCGAACACAAAUCCACCAGUCAUUGAUAAAGCGUCUUACGACUACACCGCUGCAUUGACUCGUGUCAGUGCUCGUUGUGACUACGCUCUCUUCGUGGGUGCUUCAACCUCAAACAGUGACACUGCAGCGGAAAUGGCUCCUCAAGCGGCCGCCCUAAAGAUGUAUUUAAAUGAAACCUUCACCACGUUAAAGUUGGACGAUAUGACGGUAUGGCAAAAACAUCUACAAAAUUGGCCAAAGAAAAUGCCCGUCUGCGCUCACGCGGAACGCGAAAAAACCGGAGCUAUUAUUCUUAUGGCAUCUUUGUUGGAUCGCCCCAUUCAUAUUUGUCAUGUGGCUCGUAAAGAAGAAAUUUUAAUUAUAAGGGCAGCUAAGGAAAGAGGAUUAAAAGUAACAUGUGAAGUCUGUCCACACCAUUUGUUUUUGAGUACGGAUGACAUUGAUAGAAUAGGUAAAGGUCGUGCUGAAGUACGGCCAGUGCUUUGCAGUCCUGAAGACCAAGCAGAGCUUUGGAAAAAUAUGGACAUGAUUGAUGUUUUCGCAACCGACCACGCUCCUCAUGCUGUUGCAGAAAAAGACGCAGAGAAACCUUUACCGGGAUAUCCGGGAUUGGAGACCAUCUUACCUCUAUUGUUAAAUGCUGUACAUCAAGGACGACUCACUAUCGAGGACAUAAUUAAUAAGUUCCACAGAAAUCCGAGAAAAAUAUUUAACUUGCCAGAGCAACCUAAUACUUACGUUGAAGUUGACAUGGAUUACGAAUGGACGAUUCCAAACAGCAUGGAAUUUACAAAGUCAAAAUGGACUCCGUUCGCUGGUAUGCAAGUUUGUGGGGCGGUCCAUCGCGUCACCUUGCGUGGUGAAAUUGCAUAUGUGGAAGGUCAAGUUCUCGUUCCACCAGGUUUUGGUCAAAAUGUCCGUGAUUGGCCAGCACCGAAAAAACAUUCUUUCCCAGUCUUUGCCGUUGAAAAACCGGAAAAAGAACAAAGUAGACCGAGUUCUGCACUUGAUUUUCACAGCUCUGCUGAUUUCAGCCGGUUCGGUGACCUUGACAUAGAGCAAAUGGAAUCAAAGCCAGAAGGAAAAUUAAAUGUACACUUUGAAGCACAGAGAAGCGCUUCGCCUCUGCCUGGACAAGAACGCCCGAUUUCAAAACGAGAAAGAUGCGAUAGUUCAUCUUAUUAUAAUCCUCCACAGGUAUCCGUUGCACAGCGGCAAAGAAGUGAUCUGUUUGGCAAGAGUAUUCUAACUGUAGACUCGUUUGGCAAAGAAACUCUCAACGACAUAUUUAAUCUUGCUCAGUUUAUGAAAACAAGUGUCAGCAAGGGACGUUUCUUGGACGAUAUUCUGCGAGGAAAAGUCAUGUCUUCGAUAUUCUACGAAGUAAGCACUCGUACCAGCUGCAGUUUUGCGGCAGCCAUGCAACGACUGGGUGGUUCUGUCAUCCACACUGACGCGACAAGCUCUUCAGCUAAAAAAGGAGAGACGUUAGAAGACAGUGUUGCAGUUAUGUCCGGUUACUCUGACGUAGUAGUACUUCGUCAUCCGGAACCUGGAGCAGUUGCUCGGGCCUCACGCCAUUGCCGAAAACCUGUAAUCAAUGCAGGAGAUGGAGUGGGAGAACAUCCCACACAAGCAUUACUAGAUGUAUUCACCAUCCGAGAAGAAAUUGGUACAGUUAAUGGACUCACUAUAACUAUGGUUGGGGACCUUAAAAAUGGGCGUACAGUACAUUCACUAGCCCGAUUACUUACACUGUAUCAAGUCAAUUUGCAGUAUGUGAGUCCGCCUGGCCUUGGAAUGCCAAAACAUAUUACAGAUUACGUUGCGUCCAAGGGAAUACCCCAAAAAGUAUUCGAACGUUUAGAAGAUGUACUGGCAGAUACCCACGUCUUAUACAUGACCAGAAUACAAAGAGAGAGAUUCGAGAGCCAAGAGGAGUAUGAGAAGGCUCGAGGAGUGUUGGUGGUGACGCCGCACCUGAUGACGCGCGCGCGCCGGCGCAUGGUGGUGAUGCACCCGCUGCCGCGCCUCGACGAGAUCUCGGCGGAGUUCGACUCGGACCCGCGCGCGGCCUACUUCCGCCAGGCCGAGUAUGGCAUGUACGUGCGCAUGGCGUUGCUGUCCAUGGUUGCUGGUGUCAACCCCCUAGUGUAGCUUAGCUGACUUAGCUGUAAUGUGGCUGUGUGUAUAUGUAUUUAGACUAAAGUAUCAAUAGAUGCAGUGACGUAUAUUUUC